ACGAGGCAGCAGGCUGUUGUCAAGAUGGCACCGACUGGGCUAAAGGCGGUAGUUGGAGAAAAAAUCCUCAAUGGGGUCAUUAAGAGUGUGAAGAAGGAUGGAGAAUGGAAGGUUCUUAUUGUGGACCACAUGAGCAUGCGAAUUCUGUCCUCUUGCUGCAAGAUGUCUGACAUUUUGGCAGAGGGGGUGACCAUUGUGGAAGACAUCAACAAACGCAGGGAGCCCAUCUCUAGUUUGGAGGCCAUUUAUUUGAUUUCACCAGUGGAGAAGUCUGUACGUGCUCUCAUUAAUGACUUCAAAGAUGCUGCUUUUACUUACAAAGCAGUACACAUCUUCUUCACUGACACUUGCCCAGAUGGUCUCUUUGCUGAGAUUGGGAGAUCCAGAGUUGCCAAGGUUGUCAAGACUUUAAAAGAGAUCAACGUUGCUUUUCUGCCGUAUGAGUCCCAGGUAUUCUCCGUGGAUGACCCGACAUCCUUGUACUCUUUCUAUAGCUCCAAGCCGAAUGAAGAAAAAGCCAAAAUGAUGGAGAAUCUGGCGGAGCAGAUUGCAACUCUGUGUGACACGCUUAAGGAGUACCCUGCAGUCCGUUAUCGCAAGGGACCAGAGGAGAAUGCUAGACUGGCUGAGGAGGUCCACCAGCGCCUUAUUGCUCACAAAGCCGACAACCCAAGCAUGGGAGAGGGUGCAGAUAAGGCGCGAUCACAGCUACUGAUUGUUGAUCGUGGGUUUGAUCCUAUCUCACCUAUUCUGCACGAGUUGACCUUCCAGGCAAUGGUCUACGACUUGCUAGAUAUCAAACAGGACAUCUAUACGUAUCAGACAACCGGCAUUGGAAAUUCAAAAGAGAGAGAAGUGCUAUUGGAUGAAGAUGAUGAUCUCUGGCUACAGCUCAGACAUAUGCACAUCGCAGAUGUCACCAAGAAAGUGACAGAGCUGCUUCGUACCUUUUGUGAGAGCAAGAGAAUGUGCACUGACAAUGCCAACAUAAAAGAUCUCUCUCAGAUGUUAAAGAAGAUGCCUCAGUAUCAGAAAGAGCUGAGCAUGUAUUCUACUCACUUGCAUCUGGCUGAAGCUUGCAUGAAGAAGUACAAGACCUCUCUUGAUAAGCUUUGUGAAGUGGAACAGGACCUGGCAAUGGGAGAAAAUGCAGAGGGGGAAGCCCUGAAAGAUGCCAUGAAGAGCAUUGUUCCUGUGCUCCUCAACAAAGAAAUCGAGGCCUAUGACAAAAUCCGCAUCAUACUGCUGUUCAUAUUCCACAAGAAAAAAGGCAUCGGGGAGGAGAACCUUGCCAAGCUCAUCCAGCAUGCAAAUAUACAGGCUGACAGCAACAUCAUUACCAACCUGCAGAACCUGGGCUGUAACAUUAUAGCUGGGGGCUGCAAUGCUGGGAAAACGCUGCCAGAACGGAAGGAGCGCACAGAGAGCACAUAUCAGCUCUCUAGAUGGACACCCAUCAUCAAAGAUGUCAUGGAGAAUGCCAUAGAGGACAAACUGGACAGAAAGCAAUGGCCCUUCAUCUCUGAUCCUGCUCCAAUCAAUACAACUCAGACUACAGUCAGCAGUGCACGUUUUGGACACUGGCACAAAAAUAAAUCUCCAACAGAGUAUCGCUCCGGCCCUCGACUUAUUAUAUUUGUGAUUGGUGGUGUUUCACACUCGGAGAUGCGUUCUGCUUAUGAAGUCACUCGAGCCACUGAGGGGAAAUGGGAAGUGCUGAUUGGGUCAUCUCACAUCCUGACCCCAACCAGCUUUCUUAAUGACCUGAAGAGUCUGGACCAAGUUCCUAAUCCUGAUUGUUAGAUAGUUUGAUCCUGGACAGGGAGGAGCACACUGGAAUAAGGGUUUAAUCUUUCAUUCGAGAUGAUCAGUUGCUGGUCUUCUGUCGCACCAUCUCUUGACAGCUGAAGUGAAGCAUGAAGAGAAAUUUUAGAUGUAGCCAUGAAAGGAAAGAUUUGUGAUUCUUUAUUUUAUUUUAGAACGUUAUUUUUAUUGUAUGUUGUGAAUUGGGAUCUGUAUACUGCUGUGAUUGAAAUUGUGUUAAAAUAUUUAAUUAGACAUUAAUAAUAUUUUGAUUAUUGUAUUAUUCUCAUUCAAAUUCUUAUUUUUGUUGUUGUAUUUUUGAUUGCCCCAAUCUUGUCCUCAAAAACGACGUAAUUUCCACAAAACUGGAUCAUCUUAUACCAAAAAUCUUCAAGUAUAAUGUAGAUGUACAUAAGUCAAUAGAAGUAUGUAUCAUAUAUUCAGUCACAUUAAGUGUGUGAUAUCUUUUUUCCCCUCCUCUAGAAAAUGUAAUCUUAGAUAAAAUGUGUCAACUGCUGUCUUAUGAUAUCUUGCACAUUUACCGUAUACCUUAAUAUAUUGCUGGGAGCAAGUGUGGUGGGUGAUUGUUUCUUUGUUGUUAAAAAUGAGUAAUAAAAGAAACAUAAGAUUUA